UUUACAUUGAAGCUCGAGGUUUUUUUUUUCGGGUGCACGCAUCUCAGGCUUGAAUGAGAGCCGGGGCUCGGCUCGUCUCGGGGCUAAUGGCCGAGUCGCGGCCUAACGGCUAACGGCUAGCACAACUGAGUGUGUUGACGAACGAGCGUUUGAAAUCCCACAAAGAGUCAGCCCCCUUCAGGACGCCAUUCGUCACAUUUCAUUAAGGACCAACAAAACAGGCAAAUUGUGUGCGAGGUACAUAAAUGCAGUCAAAGGAUGUGAAAUAUUUGCAAAGAGUACAAUCGGCAGAGGACAAUUUGUUGCUGAAUAUCGGGGAUAUAUGAUAAAUGAUGCAGAAUACUAGAGCAGAAGAUGAGUUUACCACCAAUCAUGUGCUGCGUUUAUGUUUGCAUUCAAGUGGAGAGGGAAAACAUGGUGCAAUGAUGCUUCACAAGAAGAUGAGUCAUUUGGGCGACCAGUGAAUGAUGAACACAGGAGGCCAAAUUGCCAGAUGAAAAGGAUUGAUGUGGAUGGUGUGCCACACCUAUGUUUGUUUGCUUUCAAUGACAUUCAAGAGGGAGAAGAAAUGACCGAUGAUUAUGGUGGCGAAGACUGCCCAUGGAGAACACAAAUGACCAGCCUUUACAGUCACAGAUGUGGCUCCUCAACCCUCUGUACUGCCUCAGAGUCAGAUGCAACAUACACCAGAUGACCAAGACAAUACCCAAUGAGACUACUUUAAGAGAAAACUGUUGCGAUACUGCUGGUCCAAGCAACAUACACCAGAUGACCAAGACAAUACCCAAUGAGACUACUUUACAAGAAAACUGUUGCGAUACUGCUGGUCCAGGCAACAUUCACCAGAUGACUAAGACAACACCGAAAGAGGCGACUUUACAUGAACUCUGUUGUGAUAGUGCUGGUCCAAGCAACAUACAUCAGAUGACUAAGACAACACCCAAAGAGGCGACUUUACUUGAACCCUGUUGUGAUACUGCUGGUCCAAGCAAAAUACAUCAGAUGACUAAGACAACACCCAAAGAGGCGACUUUACUUGAACUCUGUUGUGAUAGUGCUGGUCCAAGCAACAUACAUCAGAUGACCAAGACAACACCCAAAGAGGCGACUUUACCUGAACCCUGUUGUGAUAGUGCUGGUCCAAGCAAUAUACAUCAGAUGACUAAGACAACACCCAAAGAGGCGACUUUACUUGAACCCUGUUGUGAUACUGCUGGUCCAAGCAAAAUACAUCAGAUGACCAAGACAACACCCAAAGAGGCGACUUUACUUGAACCCUGUUGUGAUACUGCUGGUCCAAGCAAAAAAAAAAAAAAAAAAGCUCUGUCAUCCAAGCAGGGCUCGGAGUCAAGCCGCUGCUCCUCCGAUGCCACCGGGACGCCUCCAUGA